AUGGGCGAUGGGGGCGCGGAGCGCGACCGCGGCCCGGCACGCCGGGAGUCGCGCGGCGGGCGCGGCGGGGACCGCGGCGGAGCGGAGGACUCGGGCGCCGAUGCCGGCCGCCGCAGCCCAAGGGAGAUUGCGGGGACCUCCGCCUCUAGCCCCGCGGGCUCCAGAGAGAGCGGCGCCGACAGCGACGGCCAGCCCGGGCUCGGAGAGGCAGACCACUGCCGCCGCAUCCUGGUGCGAGAUGCCAAAGGGACCAUCCGGGAGAUUGUCCUGCCUAAGGGUUUGGACCUGGACCGGCCCAAGCGGACCCGCACAUCCUUCACGGCUGAGCAGCUGUACCGCCUGGAAAUGGAGUUCCAGCGCUGCCAGUAUGUGGUGGGCCGAGAGCGCACCGAGCUGGCCCGCCAGCUGAACCUCUCCGAGACCCAGGUGAAGGUCUGGUUCCAGAACCGACGCACCAAGCAGAAGAAAGACCAGAGCAGAGACCUGGAGAAGCGGGCGUCCUCCUCGGCUUCCGAGGCCUUUGCCACAUCCAACAUCCUGCGGCUGCUGGAGCAGGGCCGGCUGCUGUCUGUGCCUAGGGCCCCCGGCCUCCUGGCGCUGACCCCUGGCCCACUGGGCCUGUCUGCCAGCCACAGGGGCACCUCACUGGGUGACCCCAGGAACUCCUCCCCGUGCCUCAACCCACUGACCUCAGCGUCCACGUCCCCGCCCCUGCCACCCCCUCCACCGGCCCUCUGCUUUUCCACUGCCCCACUCCUGGACCUGUCUGCCUGCUAUGAACUGGGCUCCUCGGCCUUCGCGCCCUACAGCAGGCUAGAACGGAGAGUGGGCAGCCCCAGCGGCAGCGGCGGUGACAAGAAAGCCAACAUUUAAGCCUCCACCUCCCUGCGACACCGAGUCCCCAAGCAUGGCACCACCCCUGCCUCCCCUGCCCCAUGGACUGCCCUGAGCAGGCUCCCAGAGAGGCGGGCAGCCUCACAUCUGGCCCCACCUGCCUUUCAACUCAGAGACUGUUGCCAGAAGGCCUUGGUCCCGCAGCUUGUGUGUGCGAGUGCAGUGUGCGUGUGUGUGCCUCUCACUGAAAUAAAAGGAAAACAAUGACAAGAAGGGAAACAGAGUCUCCACAGCACCACCACUGCCCCUC